UAGGAGUCUCGAUAUUCGGAAUAAAGAGUAAUUGAGAUGGACAUUAGACUGGGUUAUCCGUGGAUGAGUGAAGGGUAUUGCACCCAAAACCCUACCUAGGUAGUCUGUUACUCAAACUGUUCGUGACAGCUUCUACAUGCCAACGUGAUAAGCUCCAGGUAGGCAGAUAGGCCGCGGGGAGUUCCUGUACUCAGUAGGUAGGUAUGUAGUUUAGGCAGCUGCUAUAUACCUACACAGUAUGCCACAUUUGCAUAUUGACCAAACGGCUAAUAUUCUUUUUCAUCUGCAUCCUUUUCCUUAAGUAUGGUGCGCGAUCAUAUCUACUUAGGUAGGCUUUUGCAGGCUGUGCUCACAUCAAGACAUGGGAUGGCCGGCUCUCCUCCGAUUCGGCACCUGCUCAGCUAAGUAGUAGGCAAGCUGCACUAACAACUACUUACCUACGCCGCCGUCUGAAACGCUGUGCUUAUGGUGGCGUGCCAUAUGAAAUGGCUGCCACCAAUGGAGGAUGUACCCCUCAUUGGACGAUUAAGUCCGCGCAUAUAACAAAGGAUGGCAAAGGCGUUAGACAACGACCAAACUCCAUCCAUCCUAAAAGACUCUACGCACAAAUUACUACUACCCGAUGAUAUAUCAACAGGAAAUGGCGAUAAGUUUGGGACGCCGCUGAUCAUCUGCUUCCAUGGCUCAGGCGAAACAUGUUCGCCCAGCUGGGACAAUCUAGCCGCGAAGCUCGUCGCCGAGACGCACUGUCGGGUACUGCUUUACAGUCGCGGGCCAGGCAAUCUCAAGCCAGCAGACGUCGCGGCGCAAAUGUGGGAUUACGUCCUCUGCGCUACUCGUACCGUAGGUACUCAUGGCAAGAACGCGAGGCAAAGCAGCGAUCUCCAGGGACCGUAUCUUCUCAUCGCGCACUCGUACGGCGGCGCCUUCGCGCGCGCAUUCAUACAGCACGAGUACCGCCAUCGUCGACAGCGAAAAUACGGCGGAGAUAGGGUCCUCGGCCUCGUGCUCGUGGAAACGGGACAGGAAGGCGGACUCGAUGCCGCGCUCGACGAGGAGCAGAUCCGGCGAAAGAUUAUGGGGGAUCGGCCCGUGUGCGUGAUUCGUGGGAAUAGUUUACUGGGGAAAUGGGAGGGUUUGGAGGCGAAGGAGAAAGCUGCGCAGAUGAGCCAUGGAGAGGAAGGGGAGGGGGAGGGAGAUACACGGCGAAUGCUGGCUGAGACAGAGCGACGGAUGGUAGCUGCGGAGCGCGAAAUGCUGCUGCGCAUGGAUGCCGAGGACGAGAGGUUGAAGAGGAGACAGCUGGGACUCUCGCGGACGAAUCGCUUCGUGCACUUGCCGGAUUGCGGACAUCAUGUUGUUUUGCAACGCCCGGGGGACGUUGUUGAUGCUGUGAGGUGGGUGUUGGAGAAUGCUGAGUGCGUACAUGAGGGAGAGGUGAUGACGAAUGUUUGGAAAGGGGUUUGGAAGAGGGUGAGGCGGUUUAGGUUGUGGUGAUUCCUGUGCUCUGUUCUAGUAUAAUGUCUAUCCACGCCAACUAAUUGUUCCAAAGGCGAAGUCAAGCUAUGGUUGCUGUAGAUGAAUGACACAGACUUCCAUUGAUUAACCAGGGCGUUACUCGUCUCUGUCUCAAUAUGCUCGAGGGUGUAGGGAAUAUACUCCGCGGAAUGCGU